AUGAAUCGAAAAGUGACGGCAUGCGGAUUUCUGUAUGUUGCUCCACCGGGUCUCGACUUUUCACAGCAGAGUCAUUCGGCGAAAAGAUGGCAGAGAAGAUGGUUCACACUGUUUGAUUCCGGAGAUUUGACCUAUGCAAUUGAUAAUAGUAUGGACACCCUCCCCCAACUCAGCAUCGACAUGUCCCUCUGCUACCGUGUCUCUGAAGCAAAUGCAAUCACAAACAACGCCCAUUCAAUUCUUUUGGCAUUCAAGAAAACUCGAGAGGAUCAGCCAUCAAUCAUCUACAUAAAAGCAGACACAACCGAAGAAAUUCGCUGGUGGCAGAAUGGGUUGAGCAAGUACGCGAACUCUCAGAAUGAGACGAUUCGACCGCCAAGGAGAGGCAUUGAUGAGUUGCCGAUUAGCGAGGACACCAUGAAAGAUAUCCCGUCUUGUGCUUCAUCGCGUUGCUCAUCUCCAGUUGAAAGAUUGGAAGUUGAUCGAAUGAUUGAAGGAAAAGAGUUGAGAGGAUCAGUUCGAAGUGUGAAGCAAAGAAGUCUUCGAGACGAGAAGAAAGAUCCAGAUGACCCGAUUCCACCGAAUCUUCCAGCAACUUCAAAUGUUGUCAUAAAUGUCCCAGUGAAUUCGUGUUCACCCUCAUCAAGAGACGAGCCAACAAGUACAACAACCUCCCCAACAACUCCAACUAUUUCCACAACUCCGACUCAAAAACCUAUUAAUAUUGACAUAUCGAAUGUACAUACUCUCCGGAAGGGAUGGUUGAUGUUGAGAGGGAAAUCGGAUAAUGAUUGGUGUAAACACUGGGUUGUGUUGGCUGGAUUACAGUUGAAAUUAUAUAAAGAUGUGUGGGCCGAGGAUUCGACGGAGCCACUUCUUACGGUGGAUUUGUCGCAGUGUGAGAAUGUGUAUCCAUCUGCAAGUGCAAGGAAUUAUGGAAUUGAGAUUAAGUGCCGCCGUGCCCGCUACGUCCUCUCCGCAAUGACACCUGGAAUCCGUGACUCUUGGGUCUCCGCCCUCCAACAAAACCGUCAUCAUCCAUCACCAACGUUCACUGAAACAUUCUCGAAUGACGCGAAUAGUUUGGCUGAUAGCUCGGAUAUUUUGGGACUUCCAGUGAAAAAGAAGCAUAUUGCAUACGUGGCUCCAGAAUCGCAUCACUCGAACUCAAUGAUGGAUGAGCAUAGUUCAACAGAAUUGGAGGAGGAAGAGCACAAUAUGAAUACGGCUAGAAGAAGAAGAAGUCGUCGGAUGGGAAGUCGGACAUCAGAAAGUGCAGAUCCACGUGGAAGAGGACGGGGAGAGAGUUUGUCUCCGUCGGUUAGGAGAAGUCCAGUGGCGAGAGUUAAAGAGAGAAGAGGAGAUAUGAGACAGAGACACGCCUCCAACUCGUCCGCCGCAUCCCACCAGGAGAAGCCAGGUCGUGAUGAGAUUCAGAGACAUCUGAGAACUGCAAGCAGGAUUUCCAGUGACGAAACGAGACUGAGAUCUUUGGAGCAACAGGUUGAGAACUUGCGGACUCAAUUGGACGAAGCAAAGGGUGAUUCGACGAGAAGAAAGAGAGAUGCGGUGAAUCAGGAAAUCAAGGAAUUGAGAAUUACAUUGAAGUCGUCGGAGGAUGAAUUGCAGAGAUAUCGGAAGGAAGUGGAUACGUUGAGAAGGCAAAUCAGUCAGAAUACGCAGACUGUAACCCUGCAACGAGCUAUUCUCUCAACUCUGCGUACCCAAUUAUCCGCUCUCUCCUCACUCCUUCGCUCGAGUCUCUUUCUUGGAGCAGUCGAUCUUUUCGACGCUUUGGAUAGUAUUCUCGACAGAAUCUCAGUUGAUUUGAAUCUGGAACAGACUGAAGAUGUACUCCGUCAAACGACAGAACUAUUCGAGAAAGUUGCAUCAGCAGUUACUAUUCCAUAUCUCUCGGAUUCAUGGACAAUGACAGAACAGGAAAAAGAGCCGAGGGAGAAGACGCCUGAUGAGGAAAUCGAGGAGACAAUUCGAGAGAUUCGGCGGAAUCAUACGUCUGAAGUAGAUUCUAUCAAGUCACAAUGUGAACAGAGGCUGGCUGUUCUGAAAGAGAGAGCUGAACGGGAGGAGGGAAGACGAAAGAAAUUACAGGAGCAACUGGUGAUGGCGACAACGAGAAGCGACGAAUCGAUCAGUUCUGUGAAGACUUCGUUCUCUCAGAUGUUGGCAGAGCAACGGAAAACUUUCGAUGAGGAGUUGGAAGUGGUGAAGAAGGAGCAUGAAGAGAGGUUGAUGGAGGAGAAACAUGCGACUCGGCUGGCAUUGGAAGCGGUUAGAAGAGCUCACGAAGAGGAGUUGAAGAAUAUUUCAGAGAAGCCGAAGAAUGGAGAAGGAAGUAAUAUUGGACGGCAGAGUGAAAUCUUCGACGAAAUGCGAGAAGAACUCAUCAACGUAUGUGCUCUCUACUCUGCAAAAUGUCUGGAAAACUCUCAAUUAGACGAGCAAUUAGCGAAUCUGAUAAGUGAAAAGGAGGCCAGUGUAGAACUAUCGAUUGAAAAUGACAAAUUACGAUCGGAAAUCGACAAAAAAUCGAAAGAAAUCAGUGAUUUGCAACGGAAAAUGAACAAUUACGAGAAGUUGAGCCAGUCGAGGACAGACCCCGAAGUGUUAGCCGGUACGACAGUCUCGCGCGCUCGUCGAGAAAAACAGAAGAAACGAAAUCGUCGUCAUGACGUGCGUUUCCACAGUAACCCAAUUGAAGUUCCCCAACAUCUCAUCGAAGACGCUCGUCGUUCUCUCGACGUUCCAGUCUCGGAACGCCGUAAAUUCUUCGAACAUAUUGCAGAGUACAGUACUCCUUUCUAG